CUCAGAAUCGUCACCCGGCUGGUAUCUGAAUCAGCUCAGGGCGUGGAUAAAGAACAGCUGGAGACAGGGGGGAGCAGAUAGGGAGCUGCAGUCACACUGAGAACACUUCCUCAACAAAGAGGGUGCGGUGUUGUUUGUCGGUGGUGGAACAGGACAGUGAUUCAAGCUGGCGGCGGACAAAAAGCAGGCCUCCUUGGAGGAGGGAGAGGCCGAGCCAACGGGCAGGAAGCUCCGCGAGCCGCAAAGUGUGAUGGUGCGCGUGGAGGUGGAGCAGGACAUCCCCAUGUCGGUGGCGUUGCCCAUCGAGCUGCAGGCGGAUGGUUCUCACCAAGCCUUUCCCUUCCUGGACACCACGCUGGCUGAUCUGGGCAUCCAAGAGUCAGACGUGAAGGAGAGGGUGGUGUGGGUCGACACCAAGAAGACGCAGGUGAAGAACAAAGCUGGGAAGCUGAAGGAGAAGGAAACUACCAUCCUGGAGGUGAGAGUGAAAGCCAAAAAGCCGGGAGACAAACAACUCCAGGAGGUUCUGUACAGCACAGAAGCCCACACUGACCGCUCCUUCUGCCGGACAGGGAUGGACAUUCAGCCCUGGAAGCAGGGAGAUCCAGGGAAGAACAAAUUGAAGCCUGUGGAGAUGACCAUGACGUUAGGCCUGGAAAACCGUCAGCCUGGGAAUACCGAGGCUCAGGAUCAACGAGACAUCUGAUGCGUGACAGGAUAAACUACCAUACAAAACAAAACAAAAAAAAACAUGAAUCAACAUGGAAUAGAUUUAUUGACAAAGGAAGAGUUGACAUGUUGGAAAAUGUUUGUUUUUUUUGUGGGGGUUUUUUUUUUUCAAAUGCAUUUUCAAUUUUAAGCAUCACAUAACUACAAAGUUAACCAGAUAUAAAAGUUGCAAUACGGUAGCUUUUGUGCAACUGUUUUAUACUUUCUGCAACACAUACGACCAUGAGAUGGGAGUUGUGCAGCAUGACAGGAUAACUUACUGAGCAAUAAUAACCGUUUAAUUCAGAACUGUUUUGGGUGAAUUCUAGUUUGCGAGGUGGUCUUAGACCACUAAUUCUUUAAAACUACAAAGAGAUCUCUGUUCGAGGCAGUAAAAAUCCACUUUAGAAGUUAAACAGUCUCUACUUUGCAUAAGAUAAUGAAAAAAAAAAAAUAGGCACUUAAAUGAG